AGGUUGCAUAUCCAUUCUCACCCUUCGCUCUCAAUCGAAUCAACAGUUUACACUACCUUUCUCUCCAAACAAAUCCUUCAUUUUCUGCUUCUUCGAAGCCUGAGUAAUCAAUGGCGCGUACCAAGCAAACAGCCAGGAAGUCGACCGGAGGCAAGGCGCCACGUAAGCAGCUGGCGACGAAAGCCGCAAGGAAGUCGGCUCCGGCCACCGGAGGAGUGAAGAAGCCUCACCGAUUCAGGCCUGGAACGGUGGCUUUGAGAGAGAUCAGGAAGUACCAGAAGAGCACGGAGCUGUUGAUUCGGAAGCUUCCGUUCCAGAGGCUGGUGAGGGAGAUCGCUCAGGAUUUCAAGACGGAUCUGAGGUUCCAAAGCAGCGCAGUCGCCGCUCUCCAAGAAGCCGCUGAAGCUUAUCUUGUUGGGCUCUUUGAAGAUACCAAUCUAUGCGCCAUUCACGCGAAAAGGGUUACUAUUAUGCCUAAGGAUAUUCAGCUUGCUAGGAGGAUCAGGGGAGAGAGAGCUUAAUCUUGUAUUUACUCUCUGUUUUAUAUCUGUUCCGGUUUUAGUGUUUCUCUAAAAAAGGAAUGAAUGAUGAAAUUAAUUUG